CACAAACAUUUAGUAUUUUUAUCAAAUAUACAUACCCGUCGAACGAUAAAUCACUGCGGUGCUUUUAAAAGGCCCAAAAAGUUUAAUUUACUGUCUGUGAUGAGGAUGUCAAUAAAAAUACUCGAGCACGUGAAGUAACUGCAGUCUAAAACUAUUGAAGCCCCGGCAAACGUUUGUUAUAGUCAUUUAUAAAGCUAAAAAUCUCUAUAUGUAUUUCUAUAUCACAAAUUUUCAUGCGACCUAUUCUCAGUACUCUAGUCGGGCAUAUUUCAUAGAGAAUAGUGUGCCCAAAACACAAGACGAGAUUGAAUGUUGAACCUACCAACAAAAGGAGUGUUAGUAACUGUUGUAGCAUGCAAACUGUUGCAAAGAUUGUUUGUGCGAUCAAAUUCGAGAGCGUUAACAAGCAACAAUUGAUAUCUGAUGCUCAGUUCGCCUAAAAACUGGGCAUCGAUCUGCAGCUAUGGGAGACAAUUCGAAUGGUCAAGGUUUAUCAACAUGUCUCAGUGUCUUGACGUGUAACUCAUUCUGUCACUGUUAAGAUGCCGUCUCACAUCGGCCUCUGUGUCGACUGUUGCAAACUAAAACUGAAGCAUGCCUUCCUUGAAGAAAUAGCUUCUGUACAGGCUCCUCGUAAUCCUUCAUUGCAAAAACGUAGGCAGCCUCUUAGCCAACGGCGCCCGGAGAAUGGGUUGAAAUCUGUUGUUCAAACAAGUCAAGAUCGCAUGCUAAGAUUCCAACAAACCCGACCCGUUUACGAAAAGGGACCUGUGGCCAACCGUGAUGCACUCGAAGAAGUCGUGAAACUCAAAGCCCUUGUCCACAUCAUUGAGGGAGAUCAUGGCUAUUGCGAAAAACCCCAAGGUCACAGGAUCGCCGAAGAAAAUAAGGCAACCGACAACAUCAUGCAGAAUUUUUAAGCUUAUCAUGAAGGGUGGACCUGACCUCAAGUGUGACACUGUCCUGCCUAACGGAAUCAUAGCAUGGCUCACCUAAGAUAACAGUACGAAAUAUACAACUAUUUCAAUUUUUAGGCUUCUGAGACGCUAAUUUUUGUACUGCAGUUUUCGUGAAAUUACCUGUAUCAAUAAUGUCAGUUGUUGCUAUUACUUCCUUACACUACUUUCGAUGCGAAAUAGUUCUGGUCUUUUUUUUUUCUAGCAAGCGGAGUUCAGGUUAGAAAAUCGCAACUUGAAUUUGUCAAAAUUGCCAACUAUAUACAUUCAUCGAUAAAUGAGUAUUUUAUGGUAAUCUUUCGAAAAAUGUUAGGGUGCAGAAGUGUUGGCCAGGCACACGGCAGUUGAAUCUUGUUAAAAUAAGGCUACAUCUGGAAUAUCCGUAUUGUUUUUGUUUCAACGAGAACUGGUAGUACUGCCUACAACAUGCAACUCUUAAUACAAAAUUAACGGGUGAUAAUAGAAAUAUAGCCUUGUAAUUUUGGUUUAUUGAGAGAGAAAGAGAGAUAUUGUG